AUGAGUGAGCUAGAUCUAGAUGGCUUGAGUUUGUCGGACUCUGAUUAUAGUUCUGAUGAGGCUAACAGCGGAUCUAACUCUUUUAGGGGUGCUUCAAACCAGGCUUUGAAAGAAAAAACCGAACUUUUGGACAAGUAUGCGUCUCAUAUCAAGGUGGAUCAGAUCAAACAUAGAAUCACUAGAGAUAAAGCGGAAAGAGCCACCGUGGAGCAAGUUCUCGACCCUCGAACAUUGAGAUUUUUAUCCAAGCUAUUUAAGAAUGGAACAAUCACAGAGAUGAAUGGUUGCAUAUCAACAGGCAAGGAAGCUAAUGUGUAUUACGCAUUGAAUUCAGAAACAGGAAAAGAAUAUGCUGUCAAGAUUUACAAGACCUCCAUUUUAGUGUUCAAAGACCGCGAAAGGUACGUUGACGGCGAGUUCAGAUUCAGGAAUACGCGCAACCAGUCGAACCCCCGGAAAAUGGUUCGCUUGUGGGCUGAAAAAGAGUUUCGAAAUUUGAAACGGUUGCACUCCGCUGGAAUUCCUUCUCCUGAACCGGUGGACCUCAAAUCUCAUGUUUUGGUGAUGGAGUAUCUGAGUAAAGGAGACGGGUGGCCUUCUCCAAAACUGAAAGAUUACGAGUUCCGGGAUGACGAAGAAAUAGCCAGCUUUUACAUUCGACUACUAAUUUACAUGAGAUGGCUUUAUCAUAAGUGUCGGCUGGUGCACGCAGACUUGAGUGAGUACAACACCAUUGUGCAUAAGGGCGAACUGUAUGUAUUUGAUGUCUCUCAGUCUGUGGAGCCAGAUCAUCAGAUGUCAAUGGAUUUCUUGCGAAUGGAUAUCAAAAACGUGAAUGACUUUUUCUCCAGGACGAAAAACAUCAACGUUUUUCCUGAAAGAAUGAUAUUUCGGUUUGUGAUUGACUCAUGGUCAAACUUGAUGACCGAGCUGAUGCCUGAAAAGAAUGAGCGGCGAUUGGCUUCGGAGAAUCCUGAGAAUUUGGAGUUGCUGGAGAAGUAUCUGGCUACAUUACCUCACAAGACUGAGGACGACCAGGAGGACAUUAUCUUCAGAUCGCUGCAUUUAGUUAGUUCGUUGAACCACUUGGAAGAGCGCGAUUUCGAUAAGUUCAAGAGCGGGCAGGUGGACACUUUGAGAGAUUUAGUUAAGGAAUCAUCCGAUGAGGAAGAAGAUGACGAUGAGGAGCAGAGCGAGGAGAGUGACGAAGAUGAUAGUGAACAAGACGAAAGUGGAGAUGAAGAGGGAACGCCAAAAGGAAAGAAAUACGAAGACAAGGAAGCUAAAAAGGAACGAAAGAAAGCUGCUAAAGAGGCUGCUAGAGAAAAGCGCAAAACUAAAAUGAAGAAGCAUGUUAAAAAAAAGCUUACUAAAAAAGGUCAUAAAUAG